GCCGCCUCUCUGGGCGAUGGAGUGAGGGAGCGAGGCUCGGCAGCAGGAAGAUGGCCGGUGGCGGCGGUGGCGGCGGCUGCAGAGACAGCUUGUUUCUGGAAGCUUUGGAUAGAUCACAGUCCAAGAGAGAUGGAGGUUUUAAAAAUAAUUGGAGCUUUGAUCAUGCAGAAGAAAGUGAAGGAGAUGCAGAGAAAGAUGAGGCAAAUCUGCUCAGCAUAGAUGACAGCGACGGACCUUUCAGUCCUCAUGAAGAAAGGAAGAAGAUACAUAGGCAAAAGCCAUCUGUUGGCACCAGUGGUGAUUCCAUAAAAACAUAUGCAAGGCGAGGCAAAGCUGGAAGCUUGAGACUUUUUAAAGGGAACUCAAUUGGCCUCAACAUGAUGGGAAAUAGCAAGAAACUGAGUGAAAAUGCUCAGAAUAUGUCUUGUCCUGUAACUGUGGUACAUGGUAGACGUUUUCACCAUGCGCAUGCGCAGACAGCAGUAGUAAAAACAGCAGCCCAAAGCAAUCUGGACCGAAAGGAAAGAAAAGAAUACCCCCCUCAGCUUCAGAAAGUAGAAGCAGACCACAUUAGGUUGCCACGGUCUCAAGGAGUGGACAGUAUAAUGGAAAACACAGAAGAGUCAGAAUCAGAAUCAGAAUCUGAAAUUAAGAGAAAGGUGCAACAGAAACGUCACUGCAAUUCAUAUCAAUCUGACUUGACUCUAUCUUCUGCUACAAAAAAAUGCUUAACCCAGUUAAAGGAUUUGCAAAGAGUCUCCAGACAAACUAUGACAUUAAGUGAAUCUGUGGGACCUUUAUCACGUUCUUCAAUACAUCAGAAUUCAACAGGGCAAAAAUCUUCAGCUACAGGGUUCAACACAAAGAAGUUUUACAGUUCUGCCGUUGGGAAAGGUCCGACGGAUAUUCUACUGAGUAAUGAAGUUGUAGGACAUUCGAUGUUACGACAGAAUGGAAAAGUUGGUCUCAUAACUGGGACAAAAAAUCCUAAAAUUACAGGAAGCUUAAGACAGAGGAGUACAAGACCAUCUGAACUAAAUGAUCCAAUUGUUUUGUCUAGUGAUGAUGAUGAGGAGGAGGAUAGUGGCAGCACUAGGAGAAUGGAAAGCAUUUCACCUCGUCCUGCAGAUUCAGCCCGCUCCUCCCCAGCUCCUUCUACAGGAAAGGUGGAAGCAGCAUUAAAGGAAAACAGUUGUGGAGUAGAACAGAGAAUAGGUAGUAUAACAACAGAUACAGAAAUUGCAGUCACACUACCAAGAAAAGCAAGAAUGAAAGAUCAGUUUGGGAACAUUGUGUCUAACACUCCAAUAAAACGUCGUAAAGUUAUUUCUCAAGAGAUUGUAACUGAGGCUGUACCUCUAAAUUAUCAAAAUUCCUGUGAAAGUGUCAUUCUGAACUGUCGAAGUAUACGAAUAGGAACACUACGAAGAAUGGUAGUGGAACCUGUGAUUUUUUGCCUGGAUUAUAUCAAAAUACGCCUAGAAAAAUCAGAAAGUGAUAUCCGAGAGAUUAACCUGAAAACUUCAGAACUUACCAAAUGUGAAUGGUGUAGUGUCCGAAAAUUGCCAGUAGUUUUCCUACAAACAGUACCAUCAACCUGUAGUAGCCUGAGAGACCAACUGAAAAUGAGUAAAGAUAAUGUCUGGUACGAAUGUAAAGGAGACAGUAAGUAAAACAAUUUUGAAGAACAGUACAUCAUUUUGAUUUUUGAAACUGGUCUUGAUUCUCAUGCAAACUCAGUGUUUGAAAAAAUAAUUACUGACAUUGGUAUUAGAAACAAUAUUUCUGACUUCUUUGUGAAAAUUUCCUUUGAAGAAGCCAAUGGCAGGCUUGUUGCAUUUACUAAGUGCUUGGAAGACAAUUCCAAAGGAAGCCCAUCUCACAGAGAAAACAAAAUUAAGAAUGUUGCUUCUGAGUCCAAAAUGCAGCAGCGAAAUAAACAGUUACCAUAUUUUGAUGAUGAUGAAGAAAUUGGAGAACCACAUACAGUAUUUAUUGGUCCUAUAGAAAAGUUGAUAGUUUAUCCACCUCCUCCAGCUAAAGGUGGUAUUUCUGUGACCAAUGAAGACCUCCAUUGUCUAAAUGAAGGAGAAUUUUUAAAUGAUGUUAUUAUUGAUUUUUAUUUAAAGUAUUUGGUACUUGAAAAACUGAAAAAAGAAGAUGCUGAUAGAAUACAUGUGUUCAGUUCAUUCUUCUAUAAACGCCUUAAUCAAAGAGAAAGAAGAAAUAUUCAUGAAACUUCAAACCUUUCAAUACAACAAAAACGACAUGGGCGAGUAAAAACAUGGACACGGCAUGUUGACAUUUUUGAGAAAGAUUUCAUUUUUGUUCCCCUUAAUGAAGCUGCUCACUGGUUUUUGGCUGUCAUCUGUUUUCCUGGUUUAGAAAAACCCAAAUACGAACCAAAUCCCCACUAUCAUGAAAAUGCUGCAACACAGAUGAAACCUUCCUCUUCAGAUGGAGAGAGCAAUGCACCAUCUCCUUUGCCAAAUGAGUUAGAUGCGCAAAACUCGCCUUCCAAGUCCACAGCAAAGAAGACGUUGACCAAAAAGUAUAAUACAGCUUUAAUUGACGCAAACAAUGAAACAGAGGACAGUGAGUCUUCAUGUUGUAGAAGAAGCCCUUGUAGGGGAAAAAGUGCUUUCAAAAAACUAAAUCAAAUAGACAGUGAUGUGGAAGAACCUAACACUGUGGAAUCAACAUGCCAUAAACUUGACCAUAGGACUCUGGAUGAAAAUGGUAUACAGGGUGAAUUCACAACUGCUAGCCAAUCUAUGGAUGGAUUGCACAAAAUCAGGCUAAACUAUAGUGAAGACUCAGCUGAUGGCAGUAAACUAAAUGAAGAUGAGCUUAUAGAUUUUUCUGAAGACCAAGAUAACCAGGAAGACAGUAGUGAUGAUGGUGGCCUUGUAGAUGAUAACUGUAAUUCAGAAAUGGGACAAUGGCACCUGAAGCCUACUAUCUGCAAACAGCCCUGCAUUUUGCUUAUGGACUCACUGAGAGGCCCUUCCCGGUCAAAUGUUGUGAAAACACUAAGGGAAUACUUAGAAGUGGAAUGGGAAGUCAGGAAAGGCAACAAAAGAAGCUUUUCCAAAGAUGUCAUGAAAGGUUCCAACCCAAAAGUGCCACAACAGAACAACUUCAGUGAUUGUGGAGUGUACAUACUGCAGUAUGUGGAGAGCUUUUUUGAGAAUCCCAUUCUGAGUUUUGAGCUACCAAUGAACUUAACAGACUGGUUUCCACGCCCAAGAAUGAAAACCAAAAGAGAAGAAAUACGAAAAAUAAUCCUGAAGCUGCAGGAACAGCAGAACAAGGAGAAGAAGGGACAAAAGGACCCAAGUUCAAUGGAAAGAUCUUUGCAGGAAAAAACAGAACAACUUAUCAACAGCAGCUCAGACUGAAUGUUGUAUCUGUUGCAUGUUAGCUCCACAAUCAAAACUGAAAUAUACAUUUUUUUUGUCUGCCCAGACUAAAGAUUUGGCGUAUUCUCUGCUCAAAGUUACUUGGGAAUGUUUAAUGCCUGUAUAAAUGUGUGUCAUAAAAUGAUUUAAUUCCCACAAAGAUGUGUAUUAAGUAAGCAAGUCUGUACAUAUGUUAAUGAGGCCAACUUUUUCAGCAUUUGUAAUUACUUUUUUCCACUUGUUAGGGAGCUUUUGUUAUGUAUUUCUGUUAAUAGAACUUAAAUAGCAACUUCUAAAUAUAAAGCAAAUAAAGAAAAUAUUUAUAGGAUAAAAUGGUUAACUUUUUCUUUUUCAGUAAAGUUGUAGUGUUACAGGCUUAAGUAACACAUAGGGAAUGAUUUGGUAGUGAGAUAAUUAAUUCAUAUUUUGACCCUAUUUAGUUGCCCUUUACAAGAUUAUUCUGCUUGCGCUACAAACAAUAAUAUGGGUAAGUGUCUCAAUGUACCAUGGCCUCAGACAGGGUGAUUCCCAUCCUCCCAGUAUCUAAGUGUAGGCAGUGUAAUAGUUAAUAGGACUGCUUCAGAUUUGGGGUUUUAAAAGAUAUGCAUUGCAAUUAAAAUUCCACCCUCGCUUUAGUGGGACAUGCUAGAGAAAGGGGGAGAAUGCUCUUUGACCAGAGAUUACUAUUCAAACAGUGUCAUAAAAGUGGUUUCAAUGAAGUGAUCUUGAGUGAUACUAUUAAAUCAUAUUUUGUGGAUCCCAAUUGUUGUACAGGUGUAUUUUGAGAUUUUCUUCAUUAUAAAAUUGUAUUUUGGUAAGUGUACUUGGAAUAGCAGAUUGCCCACAUUACAUUUUCUAUGUUACAAUUCUGAAUGUUACAUUCAUAUGUGCUUUAUCUAAGUAAUGAACAUUUAAAAA